UUGUUUGAUUCGGGCAGCACGCUUGACUGCAUUAGCCCGGACUUCGCGCGUAUUGCGAAUAUCACAUGUUUUGAGCUGAAUAACCCCACAUCCCUUCAGCUUGGCACUGUGGGUAGUCGCUCAAAGGUCAACUAUGGUGCUCAUUUGAAGCUAUCGAUUGGCGGUCAUUCCAUUGAUCACUAUUUUGACGUGGCUAAUAUCAACCGCUAUGAUAUUGUAAUCGGCACACCGUUCUUGCGCGUAAGCCAAACGAUUAUGAACUUCAAGGAUAAUACGUUGUCGGUAUUCGGGAAGAUC